ACCACAGAGACUGUAAGGCGGAGGACAGAUCGUCGCCGGAAGCGGAAACGGAGCCUUUGUCACUAUCCUCCAGGAACCGGAGUCAUGGUGGACGUUAAAGAUGCGCUGUUGUCUGUGUUGCCGACUAUCCGGUUACCCAGGGCCGGGGACCGAGUCCACAAGGAUGAAUGUGCCUUCUCCUUCCAUACUCCGGAGUCUGAUGGAGGAUUAUUUAUCUGCAUGAACACCUUCCUGGGGUUUGGUCGACCGUAUGUAGAAAAGCACUUCAAGAAGACAGGACAGAGAGCAUAUCUGCACCUGAAGAGGACCCCCAAACCGAAAUCUGAUGACUCCAGUUCUAAUACAGGAGACCCCCCACGCAAGAAGCCCACACGUCUCGCCAUUGGGGUGGAGGGCGGAUUUGACAUGUGCGAUGAGCAGUGUGAAUAUGAGGAAGAGGUGAAGCUGGUCAUUCUGCCCGAGUUCCUGGAGAUUCAGCGGGAUGAACUGUCGGGACUCCAAGAGAUGGUCAGGGACCGGGUAUCCUCUGCCAUCGAUGCCAUCUUAGCUGCUGACUCUGCCUCCCGUAAGCAGGAGGUUCAGGCGUGGGAUGGGGAGGUGAGGCAAGUCUCUAAACAUGCAUUCAGUCUCCAGCAACUCGAGGGGGUGCCCCGCAUUCCUCCUUGUGGGUGGAAGUGCAGUGUUUGCGAUCUGCGAGAGAACCUGUGGCUUAAUAUGACAGAUGGAGCGAUCCUCUGCGGAAGACGAUACUUUGAUGGCAGUGGAGGGAACAACCACGCUGUACAGCAUUACAGAGAGACUGGGUACCCGCUGGCUGUCAAACUGGGAACAAUCACUCCAGACGGAGCCGAUGUCUAUUCCUACGAUGAAGAUGACAUGGUCCUGGACCCCAACCUGGCUGAACAUCUAGCGCACUUUGGAAUUGAUAUGAUGAAGAUGCAGAAGACGGACAAGACAAUGACGGAGCUGGAAAUUGAUAUGAACCAGAGGAUUGGAGAAUGGGAGCUGAUCCAAGAAUCGGGGGUACAGCUGCAGCCCUUGUAUGGACCGGGGUACACGGGGAUCUGCAACCUGGGCAACAGCUGCUAUCUCAACUCCACAAUGCAGGUUGUGUUCAGUAUACCUGCCUUCCAGCGCAAGUAUGUGGAACGUAUGGAGCAAAUAUUCCAUAAGUCACCAUCUGAUCCCACACAGGAUUUCAGCACUCAAGUAGCGAAGCUUGGUAAUGGUUUAUCAUCUGGCGAAUACUCAAAGCCGAGUACUGAAAAAGAAAAUGAGGAUCAAAAGGGUGUGCAGGAUGGCAUCGCACCGCGUAUGUUUAAAGCACUUAUUGGGAAAGGACACCCAGAAUUCUCCACCAACAGGCAGCAGGAUGCCCAGGAGUUCUUCCUUCACUUCAUAAACAUGGUGGAGAGGAACUGCCGCAGCUCUUCCAAUCCCAAUGAAGUUUUCCGUUUUUUGGUGGAAGAGAAGAUCAAAUGUCUGGUGUCACAGAAGGUGAAGUACACACAGCGAGUGGAGUAUAUCCUGCAGCUGCCUGUACCCAUGGAGGCCGCAUUAAACAAAGAGGAGCUCGCUGCCUACGAACAGGCCAGACAGCAAGCGGAGCAGGAUCACCGCCCCCCUCCGGAGCUAGUCAGAGCACGAAUUCCAUUCAAAUCCUGUCUAGAAGCCUUUGCAGCCCCUGAGCAAUUGGAUGAGUUCUGGAGCGCCGCCCUGCAGGCCAAAUCUACAGCACUUAAGACAUCCCGCUUUGCCUCAUUCCCUGACUACUUGGUCAUCCAGAUUAAGAAAUUCACGUUUGGUCUGGACUGGGUUCCAAAGAAAUUGGACGUCUCAAUUGAUGCCCCAGAGGAACUGGACCUGUCUCAGUUUCGGGGUGGGGGUCUACAAGGGGACGAAGAAGAACUUCCAGACGUUGCUCCCCCAUUGGUGACCCCAGAUGAGCCCAAAGGUAGCCUUGGUUUCUAUGGCAACGAUGAUGACGACUCGUACUGCUCCCCUCACUUCUCCUCUCCGACAUCUCCCAUGCUGGACGAGUCGGUGGUCACACAACUGGUGGAGAUGGGAUUCCCGGCUGAAGCUUGUCGCAAAGCAGUUUACUACACGGGCAACAGUGGGGCAGAAGCUGCCAUGACGUGGGUGAUGUCACACAUGGAUGACCCAGACUUUGCUCAUCCUUUAGUAUUAUCCGGGGUCAGCGCUCCACCUUCAGUCCCCGUAGGAGGAGACCCUCCAUCUGAGGAGCACAUAGCCACCAUUAUCUCCAUGGGCUUCUCCCAAGAACAAGCCGUGAGGGCACUCCUCUCUACAAACAAUAAUCUGGAGCGAGCCGUGGACUGGAUCUUCUCUCACAUCGAUGACCUGGAUGCUGAAGCUGCCAUGGACCUGUCAGAAGGACGUUCUGCUGCCGAAUCCGUGUCAGAGAGCCUGCCUGCUGCCGGACCUCGUGUCAAAGAUGGAAAUGGGCGAUAUGAACUUUUCGCGUUCAUCAGCCAUAUGGGAACGUCCACCAUGUGCGGUCACUACGUGUGUCAUAUAAAGAAAGAUGGACGGUGGGUGAUCUACAAUGACCAGAAAGUCUGCGCAUCCGAAAAGCCUCCAAAAGACCUUGGUUACAUCUACUUCUACCAGCGUGUGCAGAGUUAAUCUUCCCCACCCCCAACUCCUCGGUGUGCGUUCUGUGUCCCUCCUCGGCGAAGAUUUUACGGGAUAGAGGGUUUACCGGGUCACAUCUUCAAGGCUUGGGGCGGCUUUAUUCCUGGGUUAUGCUACAAGACGUUCCUGUCCUUGGAUCCCCCGACCCUCCGAUCCCAUCACGGCACUUACCCCUUUUCCCCAAAAAUAUCUUCGGUGGCAGAAGAUGGGUCUGGCACAGUGGACGGUCAGGCUGCGUCUGCUUCUGCACUAGGGACAGGACUCGGCAAAGCUUUAGGGGGAGGGGAUCUGAUAUGGGGGUCACUGUGCCCAGUCUGGGGGUACGGGGGUUCCUCUCGCAGUAGUUGGCUGGUUUAUGUGUUCCCAAAACCGUGUGAAUAAAAAAAAAGUUUUUUUUUUCCUCCCCGUACGUCCGUUUUUGAUGUUGUUUUAUGGUUAGGACCCCAAAAAUUACAGGGACAAGACUGCUUAGUGGGUCCGGUCGUCUAAGGGCCCAGUCACACUAUAGUAUUUGUGAAUUUCGUUUACACUACUGAAUUGGAUGAACAUGUUUAAUCCUUCUGCGGUAUCCGCGUACGCUUUAAUGAACAGGACGAGGCGUACGGUUUCCCGCAGACAUUAAAGGGGUACUCUGUGGGGGGAAAAGAAAAA